AUGAUUAGGAAAAUGAAAAGAACACGUUUCGUGCUGUAUCUAUCAAGUGCAACACUCGCGAUAUUGUUGGUGGUUAUCUUCUUCAUCCACACCCAGUGCCUUCGACCUUCCAUCAGUUACUAUCGCAUUUUGGAGGAGCAUAUCGAAAUGGAACGGGCCACCGCGGAUGACGAUCCGCGCAAGUACAUCCUGUUGUAUACGAAUUUUUUCGGCAACAGCAACUGGUACCUGAAGGCGGAAACCGUCGGUCCGGAUUACUUCCGCUCGAUGCAGUGUCCGGUGACGGAUUGUGUGCUCACCAACAAUCGCGAGCUGCUGGCUGACAUCACCGAGUACGAUGCCGUGCUGUUUCACGUAGCCGAAGCGUGGACCUAUUCGCUGUUCGAAAAGGUCCCAAAGCUGCGAUCACCUCGACAGAUCUACAUAGCGGCUAACAUGGAGUCGCCGGCCCACACGAAACAUUUGCUGGAAGGCGAUCAUGACUUCUUCAAUUGGACCAUGACCUAUCGGCUCGAUUCGGACAUUAUCUGGAACUACAACAACUUCGUCGACCAGAACAGUGGCCAAGUGAUAGGUCCGAACGAAAAUCCCCAGUGGCGCUCCGAAUGGCAGACGUACCGAAACGAUACCCUGCUGGAGCUAGCGACGCGGAAAUCGAAAAUGGGCGUCCAGUUUGUCUCCCACUGUGGGGCAUUUUCCCGACGGGACGAGCUGGUACAGCAGAUCCAACGGCUGAUGGAGGUGGAUGUUUACGGAAAGUGCGGCACUAUGGAAUGCCCGCGGGGUUCUCCACGCUGCUCCCAGAUGCUAACGGAUGACUACCGAUUCUAUUUUGCGUUCGAAAACAGCCUCUGUCGGGAUUACAUCACCGAAAAGAUGUACAAUUCGAUGAACAGCUACAUCAUUCCGGUUGUGUUCGGCGGAGCGGACUAUGCCAAGUUUGCACCGCCGCGGUCCUACAUCGACGUGCAGCAAUUUGCCACCGUUCCGGAGCUGGUCGAAUAUCUCGAAUGGCUGGCGGAGAAUCCCGACGAGUAUAUUAAAUACUUCUGGUGGAAGGAACACUACCGGAUUACCGGCGACCAACCGUUCUGUCAGCUGUGCCGGAAACUGCACGACGUCAGCACGAGACAACGAACCCAGUAUUACAAAGAUAUCAAACGGUGGUGGUUUGAUGGUGCUUGUCAGCGCGAAGCUAAGAUUAGCUUUUAA